AUAAAAUACAAAUCAGCCUUAAUAUUGACCCUACAUGGUAUUACAACCCUAGACAAAACUCUAUGGAUUGCCAUAAAAAACAACUGUUCACAAGAUAUCACUUUCAAGCAAAUAUAUGUGAGAAUCCAAUUGUGCUUGGCCUUUUGCUGGCUUUCUUUUGGAAAGGAAUGGUAAAAGCAGGUUGUUUUGCAGCCAAAUAAAACCGUCAUGUCUCUCCCAUUUUUCGUUGAUUUCCACUUGGAUUUUCUACAGAGGUGUUGCUGAAGUGAUCAGGUCCCUUGAGGACAUGCUUACAACUCCAAAUUUGUGCAUCCUAAAGAUUAUGAAAAAGGAAAUAUGGGAAUUUCCAUAGAAAAUUAUUAUAUAUCUUGUGACAUCAAAUGAGAAACAAAAAUACUCUACUACCAACAGGGAGAGGAGAUCUUCUAGCUUUUACUUGCCGUACACCUCGUUUUUCUUAUUUUUGAAAAUUCAGUUUAUUUUUAAUUUAAUUUAGUUCACCUUUUUUUGUGUUGUGUGGUGGGAAAGAAUUGAAUAUUUUCAAGUGGUACAAAAGCACUCCUCCCCCCCUUCCCUACUCAGCACUUUUGGGGUACUACAAAUUCAUUCCCACCUCCCUCACUUCUUCUCAUGCCAUUGUCCACUACCAACUCUUUCAUUCUCUCCCUCUCUUUGUUACUCGUAUCUUUUCGUGGUGCUUCUCUUCACUCCUUACAAACACAAACAUAACACCCUUUCCCCAGCCUCCAAGUUUGUUUCCGUUUCAACUUUCUUUAAUUAUGGCUGCAAUUGUGUGUCACGAAUUGCAGUCACACCUUGCGUCUCAACUCGUCGAGUCAAGAACACUUAGGCUAAGGUUACCUUCCUCAAAACCAUCUCCUUCUCAAUCCAUUGAUUUGGCCUUAAAGUCUUACUUUUGGGAUUCAAAUAUUAAACCCCAUGAUGAAGAAAACGAGUUCCAAGACAAGGAAAAGUCCAUACCCUCCAACCCCAACAUGGGUUGUGGGAUCUUUUUGGAAGCACUUUCCAACGUCUCACAAAGCACCAAAGAACCAUCGCACAAAGAAACCACCUACGUGCACCCUCAACAGAAGCGUUCCUCGUUGCUCCUCAGUUCAGAGAGCCUUGAACUGUGCACGGAGAAUCUAGGGAACGAGAGUGGCACUCACAUUGCUGAAAACGGCAUUGACAUGCUCUCUUCACCGAACUGUGCUGGCGGAAAUUCGGAGACAAGGGAACAGAGCCAAUUUCGUCAACCUUUCGCAGCUAAGAAAGCGAAAACCCAGAAUUUUCCACCUCCUUUGACAACGAUAAGAGGAUCAGAAUCUCUCCGUGUAAGGCCCCACCGUGAAGAUGGACGGCUAGUGAUUCAGGUCACCAAGGUCCCACUCACUUCCUCGUGCUUUCAAGCUGAGAGGAGCCAUGGCCGCCUCCGCCUCUGCUUUUUGACAAAUCACGCUCCAAGUUUUGACCAGCAAGAAGAUGAUGACGCAAGAGAAAACGAACCAACAACCAAUGACGGGUUAGAAGAAGAAUUUGAAAAUGAAAUGAAUGGACAAGCACAAUAUUUUGAAGAAGAGGAAGAAGAAGGCGACGAACAAGAAAAUGACAUAUUGCAAGAAACAGAGGAGAAAACAGAGCAGGAAACAGAGGAAGAAGGAGAUGUUGCAUGCGGAUGUGAGUGUGAGGUGAGUGACGUUAUUAAGGAAAAGUACGAGAGGCUAAGAAGGUGCAAAGAAGGUGGUAAGCAUGAAAAUAAUGAAUUGUUGUUAAAUUGGAGUGAGCCACGUUGGGUGGCUACUUCCUAAAGUUAACUACGACCAUGAGAUUUUUGCAUCUCUAUUAAUAAAUUUUUUACAUUUGUCCUUUUCUCAAUUUCCCUUUUUGUUCCUUCCUUUUAUGUUUUUUUUUUUUCGUAUUUUAUGUUGCAUAAUGAAUUCCUUGUGUUUUUCCAUAAACUAUGGCUCUGGUCGGUAGUUAUUAUCGUUACUCUGUUUCUGAGACACGCACACUCUAACACGCGCAGAGACACAGUAACACGCUGAAACUCGGAUGUGUAAUAGUCUUGGAUUUUAAUUGAUUUGAUAAGGCACGUUUUGAAUGCCCUUGGUUAACCCAGGUUAAUUUUUUCAUAUAUUGAGUUGAUUCUAAGAAUUUGACAUAAGCCUAUAUGCAAGGAGAUAAGACAAGGGUGGUUAACUUGUCAUAGGUAGUAGAAAAACAAGACGGUGAAAAUGAUAGAAGUUGGUGCAGGGUGGGUUUGAAUGUCA